AUGUCUAUCAGAAAUACACCCAGUCUUUGGUUUGUCAGAUAUGACCCAGUCGAUCUAAGAACACUUAUUGUUGAGAGACAGCUCAACAAUCACCUUGUUACACGUACUAUUAAUUUAAAUUAA